AUGCACCCCAUAAUACAGGACGAGGACAUUCCCAUGUAUGAUGAUGAGGGGGAGGUGAUCGAGCAGAGCGAUUUGGAUGACACCAUGCGCAACGUCGCUGCCGCCCAGGCGGCUGCAGACGCCUUCAAUGCCGCGCAGACGUCGGUGGUGGCGACCUCAGACCAGAAUGGCCUCAACAGUCUCCGCAAGCUGCAGUCGGUUGACUGCCUUACUGCUGCGGAGGAGAGGGACUCCGAGGACGCUGCUGACCUCGAUCUGGAGUCUGGGGAGUCUGGGCUAGAGUGGGCCCUGGCACGGCAAAUAACCAAUGCUGCCUAG